UCCUUCCUCUCAAUUCUCGCCCUGUUUCUUCACUUACUUCUCAACAGUUUAUUUUAAACGGUGCAACAGAACAGAGUUUUUUAGCUUGUUUCUUUGCUUUUUUCCCAUCCCUUUUCUCGAGAAAAUAGUGUGUUCGUAACAAGAAGACAUACAGAGAAGGAGCAAUCAUGAGCUUUCAGGAUCUGGAAGCUGGACGGUCAUUUCCUUCGAGGCAGCAAAACCUCAUCAACGGCAAGCAAGACGCCACGCAAGCUGUGGCUUCUGGCAUUUUCCAGAUCAAUACCGCUGUCUCCACCUUCCAGCGACUCGUCAACACCCUUGGUACCCCUAAGGACUCGCCCGACCUCCGUGAAAAACUGCACAAAACGAGGCUGCAUAUUGGACAAUUAGUGAAGGACACUUCCACCAAACUUAAACAAGCUAGUGAAACAGAUCACCGUGAUGAAGUUAGCGCAAGCAAGAAGAUAAUAGAUGCUAAACUUGCCAAGGAUUUUCAAGCAGUUUUGAAAGAGUUUCAGAAGGCUCAACGACUCGCAGCCGAAAGAGAAACGGCAUACACUCCUUUUGUUCCCCAGGCAGUUCUUCCUUCAAGCAACGGGACCAGUGAGAUAGACUUAGGUUCAGAUAAAGGUGCUGAACAGAAAGCCCUUCUUGUGGAAUCAAGAAGACAGGAGGUUGUGCUGUUGGAUAAUGAGAUUGCAUUUAAUGAGGCUAUUAUUGAAGAAAGAGAACUAGGAAUACAAGAAAUUCAGCAGAAAAUUGGUGAGGUCAACGAGAUAUUCAAAGAUCUUGCAGUGCUAGUUCAUGAACAAGGAGCUCUAAUUGAUGACAUCGGAACACAUAUCGAAAAUUCACAGGCUGCCACUGUACAAGCAAAAUCCCAUCUUGUAAAAGCUGCAAAGAUCCAGAGAUCAAGUUCUUCUCUGGCCUGCUUGCUCCUGGUGAUAUUCGGAAUCGUGCUUCUCAUCGUGAUCGUAGUACUUGCAGCCUGAUCAAGAAGAGUAAGUUCAAAGAUCUUGUCAUUUCUAGUCUUGGUAUGUAGUAUGUGGUUAUCAGUCGCCCAUUAUGAUAUUUUGUUGAUCUUUGGGUUUGCUGAGGGUGUGUUACAGCUUUAUGUGUAUUAUACUUUACGUCUUGUUGGAAUUUACUGUAAUAAUUGUUGCUGUAAUUAUUGUUCGGUUUUCCAUAUCAAUAUCGGGCCUUAUUUUC